GGGGGCCCGGUGCCGGCCGGGCUUCCUUGAGUGCGGGGCUCCCAGGGGCGGCGGCGGAGCUUGGACAUGGCGCUGAGGGGCCGCUCCAGGGGAAGAUGAAUAAAGGCUGGUUAGAGCUGGAGAGUGACCCAGGCCUUUUUACCCUGUUGGUAGAAGAUUUUGGUGUUAAAGGGGUACAAGUUGAAGAGAUUUAUGAUCUUCAGAGCAAAUGCCAGGGUCCAGUAUAUGGUUUCAUCUUCCUCUUCAAAUGGAUCGAAGAACGCAGGUCCCGGCGCAAGGUCUCUACCCUUGUGGACGAGACUUCUGUGAUCGAUGAUGACAUUGUGAAUAACAUGUUCUUCGCCCAUCAGCUGAUUCCCAACUCCUGUGCCACUCAUGCCUUAUUGAGUGUCCUUCUGAACUGUAGCAAUGUGGACUUGGGCCCAACACUGAGCCGCAUGAAGGAUUUCACCAAGGGUUUUAGCCCAGAGAGCAAGGGAUAUGCCAUUGGGAAUGCUCCAGAGCUGGCCAAAGCACACAACAGCCAUGCCAGACCCGAGCCACGACACCUGCCAGAGAAGCAGAAUGGGAUCAGUGCUGUUAGAACAAUGGAGGCAUUCCACUUUGUCAGCUAUGUCCCCAUCAAGGGACGUCUUUUUGAGCUAGACGGGCUGAAAGUGUAUCCCAUCGACCAUGGGCCCUGGGGGGAAGAUGAAGAGUGGACAGAUAAAGCCCGCCGAGUCAUCAUGGAACGAAUUGGCCUAGCCACAGCAGGGGAGCCAUAUCAUGACAUCCGAUUUAACCUGAUGGCGGUAGUGCCCGACCGCAGGAUCAAGUAUGAAUCUAAGCUGCAUGUCCUGAAGAUGAACCGACAGACAGUGUUGGAGGCCUUACAGCAGCUGAUCCGAGUGACUCAGCCAGAACUGAUUCAAACCCAGAAGUCCCAAGAGUCUCAGCCCCCUGAGGACUCCAAACCAGCCUCCUGCAAGCCCUCUCUGGUGCUUGAAACAAGCAAGACCCCACUGGCCUCUGAGGCUUCUCAAACAGAUGGACCUGAAGAGGUGGCAGGGCCUUGCCAGCCAGCCCCCACACAUAGCCCACCCAGCAAACCCAAACUCAUGGUGAAGCCUCCAGUCAGCAGCCUCAAUGGGGUCCCAACAAACCCCAGUCCCAUCGUUCAGCGGCUCCCAGCUUUCUUGGAUAACCACAAUUAUGCUAAGUCUCCUAUGCAAGAAGAAGAGGACCUGGCAGCAGGUGUAGGCCGCAGCCGUGUCCCAGUUCGCCCACCACAGCAGUACUCAGAUGAUGAAGAUGACUAUGAUGAGGAGGAAGAGGAAGAUGUUCGGAACACAAAUUCUGCCAUCAGGUACAAGCGAAAAGGGCAAGUUAAGCAGGAGCCCUUGCCUGCCUCUUCUGAUGGUCAGCUCUGCGUCCUGCAGCCCAACACCAUUAAUGUGCUAGCUGAGAAGCUUAAGGAAUCCCAGAAAGACCUCUCAAUUCCUCUAUCCAUCAAGACUAGUGGCGGUGCUGGAAGCCCAGCUGUAGCUGCGCCCUCUCAUUCUCAGCCUUCACCCACCCCCAGCAAUGAGAGCACCGACACAGCUUCUGAAAUUGGGAGCGCCUUCAACUCUCCACUUCGGUCCCCCAUCCGCUCUGCCAAUCCUACCCGCCCGUCCAGCCCUGUCACCUCCCACAUCUCCAAGGUGCUUUUUGGGGAGGACGAUGGGUUGUUGCGAGUGGACUGCAUGCGCUACAACCGGGCUGUACGAGACUUGGGGCCUGUCAUCAGCACAGGUCUUCUGCAUCUGUCUGAGGAUGGGGUGCUGUGUCCUCUCACCAUCACAGAAGGUGGGAAAGGCUCCUCACCGCCUAUCAGACAGAGCCAGGCCACCCAGAUCAGUGUCACCAUAGAGGAGAAGGAGGUACCUGAAUCAAGUGACCGAGAGAAAGCUGGGCUGAGCCGGCCCCCUGAACAGCUGUGUGGGGAAAAGUAUUCCCCCAAAGAACUUCUGGCACUGUUGAAGUGUGUGGAAGCAGAGAUCGCAAACUAUGAAGCCUGUCUCAAGGAGGAAGUGGAAAAGAGGAAAAAGUUUAAGAUUGAUGAUCAGAGAAGAACCCACAAUUACGAUGAGUUCAUCUGCACAUUUAUUUCCAUGCUGGCUCAGGAAGGCAUGCUGGCCAACCUUGUGGAGCAGAACAUCUCUGUCCGGCGACGACAGGGGGUCAGCAUCGGCCGGCUUCAUAAACAGAGAAAGCCCGACAGGCGGAAACGCUCUCGUCCUUACAAGGCCAAACGGCAGUGAGGGACCUCCCUCCCUACCUAGGGCCGGGCCUUCCAGGGUGUCAAGUACUCAUGUGUUCCCCCAAUCAGAGGGCAUUCUGAGGGAUAAGCAGCCUUGAGCUGCCCCUGCUUGAUCUCCUUCCCCUUGGACCCAGUAUUACUGUACAGUUUAAAGUGGGAAUAUUCUUGUUCUCCAGUGGACAGGCGAAGGUUCCCGUGUGUCAGUCGCACUACAGAUCUCCUGCUGACCCUUUAGAAAUAAAGGGGACUUCUUGGUCACAUGGCUCUCAACCUCCUCUCAGCCCCUCCUUGCUGACCUGGGGAUCUGAAAUCAGUUGGCCGGCAGGCCUGCCCACCCCAGUUUUUGGGGGUGGGAUUUGGGCGGGUCAGCCAGAGAUUGCCGCAAAGUCAGUGCAGGGACCACUCAGGAAGCAGCAGACGGAGUCAGUGUAGUGGGAACUCUGGACACUCUCUCCCCCUUUGUCAUCUGAGCCCGCCCACAGCUGGCUGUGGAUCAUCCGCCCCAAGGGGCACACAGACCCCAUUGACAGCCAGGGCCCUGGCUCCCUGCCUCCGUGACAGCAGAAUAUAUAUUUUAUAUAUCAGAAAUGUCUAUUUUUUUCUUGGUUCUGACUAAUCUUGCCACCAUUGUAUUGAAUACCACUGCCUCCUACACAGCAGCCUUCUGGACUUGGCUCUCUAUCCCUUCCCCUGGCUUCUUCCUCUUCCAUUCUCUGUGUCACUGCCCGGGGAGCUGGUGGACAAAGCUGGGACUUGAGAGUCACAACCACUUACCUCCUGGGGGGUAAUCCCACCCAGAUUCCUGUCCACCCCAGGCUCUGAGCCCAACCUGGCCCCACACAAGCACUCUUGGCGAGAGCCCCCAACUCUCUCCUACAGAGGUUGGGCCUGCACUUUUGCACAUCUGCUGUUGGAACUCCAGACUCAGGAAUCAGGGCUUUUGCUCAGGAUCAGGAGGAGAAGGAGUGGGGAGAACUGCAGGAGUCUCUGGGUCCAUGGGAGCAUGUAGGGGAGCUCUGUGACUGAAUUGACCCAAGCAGCGCUACCUGGCCUAUGUUGAUAUGUUUUAAGGUUCUUUGGAUUCCUGUAAAUUCUUCCUUCCCUGGCAUGGCCUGAAGGGGAGAGGAUAAGCCAGGGUUUGGGGCUGCCUGAAGCACAGAUGGUGCCAUGGUGACCCAAAGCCUUUUCUUUUGGGAAAAUAUUUCAAAGUAUUUGGUGGUUUUCCCAGCCUUGAGCUUGCUCCAAUAGGAUUGUUUGUGCAGGGGGGUGCCUGGUUUCUAAAGUGAGGGCCUUCCAGGAUUCUGAGGAGGAUGCACCCACAGCCCACCACAGUAUUAUAAGGAGGCCCUCCCUCAGAUAGGCAUGCACAGCUCUGGGGGGCUUCAAACUGCAGGAAGGUCCAUCAGCUGCCUGGCCCCAGGGUCUAGAGUGAAGGUAUCGAGUGUUCACUGCUGAGGGAGAAUCGAAUUGGGGGGGGGGGUUCCUUAGCUUUCCAGGGCUUAGGAUUGGGGCAGGAGUGUGAAGGGCUGGCCUCCUGCUGAGAUGCUCCCAUUUUAUGGGCCUUUCCCACUUGAAAUUAAGCCAUCCCAUGCCCCAAGAGGCAAAAGAGAAUUCAGAGUUCUGUCAGACCAUUUGGGGACCAGUUUCUGCCCUUUCCACACCCCCUAAAGUCUACUUCUCAUUUGUGACCAUAAGGUAGCCCCUCUUCCCACCUAUCCCCUUGCCUUUUCCCUCCCCGAGGGCCCCUGGGAGAAGAAAGUGGAGGUCCCUUCUUAACACAUCACAAUUGCUGUUUAAAUUGUGGUGGGGCAGAUGAAUUUGUUCUGCCUGCACUGAAUUUUAGAAGAGACAGGAGCCAACUUGAGGUAAAAUGUGUCCUGGGGAAGGCUGAACUGAAGCUAUUGUACAUAAGAGACCUGGGCAGGCUGGGGCUUGUACCACCCCCUUGCCCUUUGCCUGUCCAUCCUUGUAAAUACCAGACUUGUCUGAAUGAAUAAAGUUUUCCCGUAACUUAUAUGCUUUGUGUUGGCUGGCUAGAUGUUUGCUGAAUAAAGAACUGUGGACUA